AUGAUGUUUUUUAAGAGGACUGGAGAUGACCUCCUGAUGGUCCGAGAAAUAACUCUCACAGAGGCGCUCUGCGGCUUUGAAUUUGUUGUUAAACAUUUAGAUGGACGGGAUUUACUAGUAAGACAUUUACCAGGAGAGGUAAUCAAACCUGGAGACUUAAAAGGAAUUCAAGGCGAGGGCAUGCCUCAACACAAAAAUCCAUUCGAGAAGGGCAAUCUAUACAUUAAGUUUGAUGUGACCUUCCCAGAAAAUCAUUUCGCUAAUGAGGAGCAGUUAAAGAAAAUUGAAAGUAUUCUACCUCCUAGACCAGCAUUUGUGAUGCCAACCGGAGAUGAUGUUGAAGAAGUUAAUAUGAUGGAGUAUACAGCUAGUGAGAAGAGUAGGUCAAGGGAGGAGGCUUACGCUAGUGACGAUGAGGAGCAUGUGCAUGCAGGACCAGGAGUUCAAUGUGCCCACCAGUAG